AAAAUGUGGAGAAACUUGGCGUAUGGGUCGCAGCAGGUGGCGGAGGCUGCGCCCGCCGUUGCCCCCACCAAGUCGGUGAAGGAGACAGUGGUCUCUCAAGUGGACGCGUCGUCCGUGCCCAAAAAUGACGGCGCUAAGGUCUACAAGAUCCUCGAGUUCCUGCGGAAAGUCCCCAUGCACAAGCCUGUGUCUGUGACCGACAUAUUCAAGCACACAGGCGUCGACCUCACCAUGGACGACCAAGUGGAGCAACGACUCAAGAACAACCCAAAAGUUCGACUGCAAGGAGAUCAGUAUGCCUACCAGGCCAAAUAUGACAUCAAGAAUCGCAUGCAGUUGCUUAAAAUCCUUGAUCGAAUUCCUGAGGGGAUGCCAAUCGAAGACUUGAUCGACUGCUACGUCAACGUGGAGGACGACUUGAAGGAGUUGACACGCACAGGAGAGAUCAUUUGCUUAAAGAACGCGGAUAAGGGCGCGGAGGUGUACUAUUCGCGCGGAUCUCCCUACCUCGUGGAUCUCUCUGGUGUUGCUACGGUCGAAGCUGGCAGCUACUUGGUUCAUUCCAGCCACGACACUACCGACGAAAUCCGUCGUGGUGACGCAUUCCGCGUUGGAGACAACUGGUUCCGCGUCUCAGCUGCUGUCAAGAGCUCGAGCACAACGCGUCCUGCUCCUUUUGCUGGCAUGGCGACGAAGAGUGUUUCGUCAACACGUGACUUAAACGUGUCAAAGAAAAUCAAGUACAUGUUCAAGUUUGACAAGGAUCAUCUUCCUUUAGACGUCCCUUUCCCGGACGCCAAGAGGAGGAAUAUCGCUAGUAGCGAUCGCUGGGACCUGCUACCCAAACGAGGCCCCAAAUUUCAGAUGGUGAAGCACGGCUGCACGAAUGAUAUCCGUCAGCUGUGGCGCGACACUCUGCGGACAUGGCCUACAGAUCGUGCCGAGUUCGAGAAGAAACUGGUCCAAGCUGGCCUGACAACGCAAGCAAAGGUUGACGCAAACCGUCGCCAGAUGAAGCGCCGUCUCAAGGAGGACAAGAAGAAGAAUCGUCCUCGCAAGCAGCGCGAUAUCAAGAUUACCAACCACCAUCUUAUCGGCACGAAGCUCGGCGAGAUAUUGGCCAAGGGCAGCCAGGAGCAGUUCACACUUGGUGCUGUGAGAUUCGAGAAGAAGUAGCCACCUUAGCAAAGGGUGAAGCGCUCUUUUCUUCUGCCAGAUCAAUAAACUCUGCUUUGUACACCGUCUA